GUGACCGUAUAUUCUUUCACUUCUACCACCAUGAACGACACGCGCCAAUUUGGCGACCUCGCCACCCAGCUCGUCACAGAGUCACGUCGCUCGACGCAGACCGACAACUUGCUCAAGUACAACGAUUCCCUCGUUCGCUCUAUCAUACGCGAACAGCGCGACCUCGAAAAGGCUGCCCAAACACUCGCUAUCGAGGCCGAUCCCGACAAUUUGCCCCCUGCUCUGCUUAUCUAUCAGACUGCAAUCAGUCGUAACAAGCGCUGUCUAUUGGCAUAUCACACCCAUCGUCUCGACCACCUUAAAGACAUGUACUGGGCAGUGGGCGGGGCACUCCCUCACAUUCUAUCCAACUCCGAUAUCCGGGGCAAACUUUCUCCUCAUGAAGUCGACUAUUUACGUCAGUAUAACAGCACCGUCAUGGAGUUUCGAGGAGAAUUUUCAUACGAGCUCGACAUCAUGGCCGGAAUCACAAAUCCGCCCAAGGACCUUUUAGUCCUUGUGCACGUCGUGAGGGACUGCGGGGUUAUCCAGACAGAGCAAGGCAGCAUCGAUUUCCAAAAGGAUCAACGAUUUAUGGUCCGGAGGGCAGACAUCGAACACCUCAUCGUUCAAGGGUACUUAGAGGAGGUUUCAUAGGUGACAGCGUAAUGCUCUGUUUCCGAGUAUG